CUUUUUCAAAGAAGCUGCACCAUUUUACAUUCCCACCAGCAGCAUACGAGCUUUCCAGUUUUUCUGCAUUCUCGUGACUGAGGAGUUUCCGGUUCCGGUGGGGGCGGCUGUAGCGACGGAGAUGGCGGCGGCGACGGCGGCGGAGGCUGUGGCCUCCGGCUCUGGAGAACCCCGAGAAGAGGCCGAAGCUCCGGGCCUCGCCUGGGAUGAGUCCCAGCUGCGUAGUUAUAGCUUUCCGACUCGGCCCAUCCCCCGUCUGAGUCAGAACGACCCCCGGGCGGAGGAGCUUAUCGAGAAUGAGGAGCCUGUGGUGCUGACAGACACAAAUCUUGUGUAUCCUGCUCUGAAAUGGGACCUCGAAUACCUGCAGGAGAACAUUGGCAACGGAGACUUCUCUGUGUACAGUGCCAGCACCCACAAGUUCUUGUACUAUGAUGAGAAGAAGAUGGCCAAUUUCCAGAACUUUAAGCCCAGGUCCAACAGGGAGGAAAUGAAAUUUCACGAGUUUGUUGAGAAACUGCAGGAUAUACAGCAGCAAGGAGGGGAAGAGAGGUUGUAUCUGCAGCAAACACUCAAUGACACUGUGGGCAGGAAGAUCGUCAUGGACUUCUUGGGUUUUAACUGGAACUGGAUUAAUAAGCAACAGGGAAAACGUGGCUGGGGACAACUGACAUCCAACCUACUGCUCAUUGGCAUGGAAGGAAAUGUGACACCUGCUCACUAUGAUGAGCAGCAGAACUUCUUUGCUCAGAUAAAAGGCUACAAGCGAUGCAUUUUAUUCCCUCCGGAUCAGUUUGAGUGCCUGUACCCAUAUCCUGUUCAUCACCCAUGUGACAGACAGAGCCAGGUGGACUUUGACAAUCCUGACUACGAGAGGUUCCCCAAUUUCCAGAACGUGGUUGGUUAUGAAACAGUGGUUGGCCCUGGUGAUGUUCUUUACAUCCCAAUGUACUGGUGGCAUCACAUAGAGUCAUUACUAAAUGGGGGGAUUACCAUCACUGUGAACUUCUGGUAUAAGGGGGCCCCCACCCCUAAGAGAAUUGAAUAUCCUCUCAAAGCCCAUCAGAAAGUGGCCAUAAUGAGAAACAUUGAGAAGAUGCUUGGAGAGGCCUUGGGGAACCCACAAGAGGUGGGGCCCUUGUUGAACACAAUGAUCAAGGGUCGAUACAACUAGCCUGCCAGGAGUCGAGGCCUCCUGCCAGGUGACUGCUAGCCCGUCCACACCGCUUCAUUGAUGAGGACAGGAGACUCCAAGCGCUAGUAUUGCACGCUGCACUUAAUGGACUGGACUCCUGCCAUGGCCCUGGAGGCAGGUGUUUGGGGCAAGGCAGGGUGGUUGGCGCUCCACUCCCAUUUGGAGGGACUUCUUGCCCUUGCCUCUGUGCCCCAGCAUCUUCCCUCUCUGCCCCCACUAAGGCCUGCAUUCAGUGUGUGGAGUCCCAGCUUCUGGUUGUCAUCACGUCUGUGUGCGUCAGUCUGUCACCCUUGGGAUGUGUGUGCGUGUGUGUGCAUGCACACGCGCGUGUGUAUCUGUUCCUUGCUUUCUCCUUCUGAGUCAGGAUGCCACUGCUGGCUCUUGGGCCUGUCUCCUGCAGCCUCAGUGCCUCAGCCUGAGAGAGAGGAGAUGGUCACGGAUGCCCACUAUGUCUG